AUGCUUGUAACCAAAGUCUUCUUUGCUAACCAUGGCAAACCCAAUGACAGUCGAGUACUUCACAUCACAGGAAGGAGGACAGCAGAUACUACUAGAUACAGGUUACAGGUACAGACUCAACAACCGACGACAGACCUGCGUACACUGGAAGUGUGUUCAUGGAGGCUGCCUUGGUGUAAGUUUACCACUGUCGGACAGUUUGUUCGAAAUCAGUCCCCACACAACCAUCCACAGGAAGAUCAAGCGGCUCUGAAGAUUGCCAGUGCUCUGCGGCGACGGGUACAGACUGAGUUAAUGCCAGUACCGACCAUCUACGACGAGGAGAUUUCAAGACUGGACCGAGAUGAAGCAGCGACCGUCAAGUCCUUCUAUUCAGUGAAGAGUGGACUCUACAAGCAGAGACGAAAGACGAUGCCGCUCAGCGAGGUGAAUCUACCAGACUGCUUCAAGGAAACUUCUGAUAGACUGCCCUUCCUUUGCAUAGACGACGGAGACGACGACAGGAUCAUCUGCUUCGCCACAAGUGACCGCCUGACCCUCCUACAAGUAGUCGGCACCCUCUACAUGGACGGCACGUUCUACUCUGUCUGCUGCCCAACCGCCCACGCCGCACCUGAGCGACAAGAUAAUGAUGCCAUAUCCAAGGCUCUAUAUCAAAAGGAGCGAGUGCUCUGCUGGAUUAUGACGUCACCAAAGAACCUGGAUGUUAAAACACGUGUCGUUCGUGACACGUGGAGUAGGCGCUGCAACAAAGUCCUCUUCAUGAGCUCUGUGACAGAUCCAAAGUUUCCUACAAUCGGAUUAAACGUGACGGAAGGGCGGGAGCAUCUGACGGCCAAAACGAUGCAGGCUUUCCGCUACAUUUACGAAAACCACUUUGAUGAUGCUGACUGGUUCAUGAAAGCUGACGAUGACACAUAUGUUAUUUUAGAAAAUCUCCGAUACUUUCUGACGUCCCAAAACAAAUCCGAACCUGUAUUUUUUGGCCAUCAUUUCAAGGUAAAUGUCAAACAAGGGUACUACAGUGGCGGAGGAGGGUAUGUGCUGAGUAAGGAGGCGUUGAGGAGAUAUGGGGAGAAGGGACACGAUCCUAAACUGUGCAGGCCUGAUGGUGGUGCAGAAGAUGUAGCGUUCGGCAGAUGUAUGGAGAACCUGGGAGUGAGGACAGUCAACACAACAGACGCUCUCGGGAGGAGCAGAUUCCACUGUUUUAAGCCAGAGGCACACGUGAUGGGUGUAUACCCAGAGUGGUUUUACAAGUACGAUGCAAAUGGUGCUAAGAAGGGUAUAGACAGCAUCUCCGACUACGCCAUAACCUUCCACUACGUGCCCCCAAAGACGAUGUACGCUCUGGAGUUUUACAUCUACCACUUACGACCGUAUGGCAUUGUGUCCGGCACCCAGGAGUUCAAUAGACAUGUCAAGGUGAAACGAGAAUCUUAG